CUCUCUCUCGUUUCUCUUUUUCUCUAUCUGUCCCUCUCUCUAUCUCUCUCUCUCUUUCUGUCUCUGUCUAUCUGUCUCUUGGUGGUGCGCUGAGCCAUCCGCGUCUGCAUGUGCAUGUAUGCGUGUGUGUACUGAGGGAUAAUGAAAUGCAAGCAUCGAGCAGCGUCCGGGGAGCUUCUCCCAGCCUGAGGAUGUGAGAGAAUCGGAGGCUGAACGAGGGAUCUUCUCCAAACUGCAGGCCAAGCCUUCUGUACGGGCCUGCCUCCUUUCCUUUUCUCUUUCUCCUCCCCUCUCUCUACCUUUCUCUCUUUCUCCAUUCAAUUUUCCGAUAGACAUCUCUUGCUUUUUUUGCUCCUCAUCCUUCCUCUUGUGAGCAAGGGGAUCGUCAUCCCCCUCAUCAACCUUUUUUUUUCUUUUCGUGGUGGUGGUGGUGUUAGUGGCUCCCUCCUCCUCCCCCACCUCUCCACCUCCUCCCCUCUCUGCCUUUUUUUUUUCCUUCUGUUCUUGAAGAGGAUCUCUCUGGAAUAGCAAACCUCCAUGUAUGACAAUUUGUACCUGCAUGGAUUUGAAGACUCGGAGGCGGGCUCAGCUGAUUCCUACACUAGCAGGCCAUCCGAUUCGGAUGUGUCAUUGGAGGAGGAGAGGCAAGAUGUGGGGAGCCAGGGCCGGCAAGAACGAGAGCAGCAGGCUGCUGUUCAGCUGGAGAGGGCAAAGGCCAAAGCGGUGGCCUUCGCCGUGAAGACUAAUGUCAGCUACUGUGGAGCGCUGGAUGAAGAUGUGCCCGUGCCAGGAACAGCCAUUUCAUUUGAUGCUAAGGACUUUCUGCAUAUCAAAGAGAAGUUUAAUAAUGACUGGUGGAUCGGGCGACUGGUGAAAGAGGGCUGUGAGAUCGGCUUCAUCCCCAGCCCUCUGAAGCUGGAAAACAUCCGCGCCCAACUGGAACAGAAGAAGAGCCGUGUUCAAGGUAAGUCCAGCGGAAGCUCAUCCUCCAGCUUGGGGGAUGUGAUGUCAUCAGGCAAGCAGAAACAAAAAGUGACUGAGCAUGUGCCUCCCUAUGAUGUCGUGCCCUCCAUGAGGCCUGUGGUUCUGGUUGGUCCAUCACUAAAAGGAUAUGAGGUGACUGAUAUGAUGCAGAAGGCUCUCUUUGACUUCCUGAAGCACAGGUUUGAUGGCAGGAUAUCCAUUACCCGUGUAACUGCUGACAUCUCCUUGGCUAAGAGAUCUGUGCUGAACAACCCGAGUAAGAGAGCCAUCAUCGAGCGAUCCAACACCAGAUCGAGUCUAGCUGAAGUGCAGAGUGAGAUUGAGCGUAUCUUCGAGUUGGCGCGCUCCCUGCAGCUGGUAGUUCUGGACGCAGACACCAUCAACCACCCGGCUCAGCUGAUGAAGACGUCACUAGCUCCCAUUAUAGUUCACGUCAAAGUGUCUUCACCGAAGGUUCUCCAAAGACUGAUUAAAUCCAGAGGAAAAUCUCAGAGUAAACAUCUCAAUGUGCAGCUGGUAGCAGCUGAUAAACUGGCACAGUGUCCACCAGAGAUGUUUGACAUCAUUUUGGAUGAGAAUCAGUUGGAGGAUGCAUGCGAGCACUUGGCCGAGUAUCUGGAGGCGUACUGGAAGGCCACACACACCUCCAGCAGCACUCCACUUAACCCACUGCUGGGGCGGAACCUUGGCCCCUCUGCCCUCGCCCCAUACCCCUCAACUAUUUCUGGUCUACAGAACCAGCAGGGCCAAAGAACGCGGCACUCCAACCACACAGGAGACCACUCCACAGCCAACGAGCGGCGCAACCUGAUGACCCCUGAUGAAAACUACCACAACGAACGCCCUCACAAGGGCCGGGGCAACCGCAGCUCAUCAACACAGCAGGGUCGAGAGCACCACCACUACAUGGACGAGCAGCAGGACCCUUACCAGGACAGCUAUAAACCGCACCGCAACCGUAGCUCACCGGGGAGCUACAGCCAGGACUCCCACCAUCGGCUCUGAGCGUCCCUUGCACUUGAGUCCAUUUUCCUUUAAUGUUGCGUUUCUUUGGUAUGCAUUGAGUUUUUUGGUGGACAUCAUAAGCUCCUACUAAAGCCCAGUCACCUGACCUGCAUCUCCAUCUGCACGAAUGACAUGCUGAGAUUAAUGUGGAUCGUCCAGACUUCCAGCACUUCGCCAUUCAUGCGUUCUCUUCUUUCUUUCUUUCUUUCUUUGUACGUGUGUUCUGUUGCUGUUACUAAAGGCGAGAUUUUCCCAGCCAAAAAAAGAAAAAAAAAAUUAAGAUGUUCAAAAAUAAAUAUAUCAAGUGAUAGCCCUGACAGUGACCGGAGAGUAAACAAAAAGCCCACAGAACAGAUCCACACUGUGUGCUUAAUGCAUGCUUUCUUCGGUGCUGUGACACACAGGCUCCUCAGACGGUACAGUCAGGCAUAAUAUUGAUGAUAUACCAACCCACUGCCAGUGAUAUUUUGUUAUAUUUACAGAGUAUGAAUAGCGGUCUGCGAGACCAGGAUCUUAGAGUCUUCCACGGCCUCUGGAUCUAGUUGUGGCGAAAGGGGAUUUUUUUAUACAGUUGAAUAAAAGAUAAGAUACUUUUUGCGCCUUGAACACUAUUUCGUUUAGUAUGAGAGAGUAACUUCUGUGAAAGUGCUGCCUCGUAGCUUCCAAGGUCUCAAUGGCCCUCUCAGCAUAGACCACUGUUUGCUACAUAGAUAGAUAAAUAGAUAGUUAGCCGCUUAACCAAGAGAUGCACACCAUAUUUGCUGGUAAACAGUAGUGUUGCUCUGAGCUAGGUUAUAAGACAUAUAGGUAACAUUGCUCUUUAGAUUUCAACCUUUUUUUUUUUAGAUAGUAAGCAUGAGCAGAUCCCAGAAUACAGUACAUUUGCAGGACAUGUCUUCAUUAUAGGUGCUGAGUUAGAAAAGAAAAGUUGGUACUCCCUCACUGUCGUGUGGGUACCACUUCGGUCUCGGCGACUGAAGUUGUGGUUGAUAUGCUUCAACAAAUUCUCAGGCUCUUCAAGAUCAUAAUGUGCACUGAUCUUUUGAAGACAAACCGGAUUUACAAUUUGGAUAUUAUUAGCUAAAGUUCUCUCUUUUACUUGAACGCGCCAUAAUGAAAAUGCCAAUCUAAACCAUGGAUUAUAAGCAUGCAUGUCAAGGAACUUGAACGUUCGAGAGCCUGGAUUUUCUCUCAUUGAUUUAUGCUAGUUUGUGCAUUAAAAAAAAAAAAGAUAUUUUAAAAUAAUAAGAAAAAAAAACAUUGCAACCGCAAGACCUAAUCAAACACGUACAUUCUGUAUGCAGUUGUCUAUGAGCAUGCUUCUCUGUUAAUACUAUAAUUGAGGAUGAAUGAAACAAGUGGAUCGAGAUUCAAAUGCCCAUAACUCAUCAUAACUGCACUGAAGAUUCAUCUCUGAGUUUGCUGCUUGAGACAAUCACACAGACCUCCUCUUUUCAUCUGGAAACUUCUUCAUCUCUUCCCAGCUCCAUUCUGAGCUCUAACUCAAGAAAAGCAAAAAAAAAAAAAAAAAGAUCCAUAUUUUUGCUUUUUGUUUUUCCUUUUAUCUUUCUAUUUUGUGAAAUUAAUGAGGGAAAUGCAAACUGCAUGCACAAAACAUGAUUUUAAUUUAUAAAAACAGAUUUAAAAGAAAAAAAUGUUUUAUGGAAAUAAUAGUGUAAAAGAUGACUCUAGCAGUAUUUAAGUUUUCUUUUACAAAAAAAAAAGAUUAAAGCGGAAGAAAAAAAAAUA